GCUUUUGCAGCCCAAGAGGACUUGGAAAAGACCAAAGAAGAACUGAAAUCUGUGAUGUCUGCUCCUCCUCCACCUCCUCCCCCACCAGUUAUUCCUCCAACAGAGAAUGAACAUGAUGAACAUGAUGAGAACAAUGCUGAAGCCAGUGCAGAACUGUCUUCUGAUGGUGUCAUGAAUCACAGGAGUGAGGAAGAACGGGUAACAGAAACACAGAAAAAUGAACGUGUUAAGAAACAGCUCCAGGCUUUAAGUUCUGAGUUGGCUCAAGCCAGAGAUGAAACCAAGAAAACACAAAAUGAUGUUCUUCAUGCUGAGAAUGUUAAAGCAGGCCGUGAUAAGUACAAGACACUUCGACAAAUCCGACAAGGCAAUACAAAGCAGCGUAUUGAUGAGUUUGAAGCAAUGUUACAAAAGUACGAUCUCUUGCAGCCCUUAGGAUAGGAACAAGGUAAAGAUCAGCAGAAGACCUGGGGUCUGCCAAGGCCUGCUGUUGCACUUCAGUAAAUCUGGACAGUUUACAGCGCUUUAACUUAGGUGCUGACUGGUCCAUGAGGAGUUUUUUGGAAGGACCAGGAAGCACUGUUACAACAUUUUGUUAGCAUUUGGUUGUCUCAUGGUCUCUCUAAAUCUUUCCUUUAUUGUCUUUUCCCGGGAGAAAAUUAGCUUUUUGAAGUAUUUAAGCUGUUGUUCUUCCCAGAAAAACAGGAAAUAUGAUAAUCUUUAACGUGUAAUGGGACGUGCUAGAGUGAACAGUGAUGUGACCCUUCAAAGUGCUUGGGGGAAUCUUGUAGGCUUUGCCCACAAACGAGGUAGUGUGGGAAGCCUGACUCUAUAACCAGCCUGGGUAAAGUGAAAUAAGAGUAGAUACUUUCCAAGUUUUAUUGGUUUUCUACACAAUUUCUAAUAGCCUUGAUGAUACAUUAAUAGUGUCAGAUUAAUUUUCUAAUGUAAAACUCCCAAUUUAAUAUGUCUGUACAUACAUUUCCAGUGUAAGCACCCGUUGCUGCUUGCCUUUUUGUACGCUAUUAGGAUGUGCAUACUGUGUAUACGGAACUGCAUUGAAUUGUGCACCCAGCACAAAAGCCUGAAUAAAUGAGUGUUAACUUU